AUGCUUAUCGUAUCACUUGGUUUAUUGUACGAUUCAAACUAUGAAGAUCUUGUUAAAUCUUCACCCUACGGAGUUGUAAGCUCCAAAGCAAAACAAGUUUACACCAUUGGUAAAACAAUCAGAACCUCAUCGACCUCAACACAAGCUAAUUAUCAACCAUUUACAUCAUCAAGAUUAUUGUCCAUUCAGUUCAAUGUUUACAAAUUUAUCAAUCGUUUGAUUUAUGGAACUCGCAGAUAUCAGGAGUUGUUCCCACCUAUUUCCAAACUCGUCGAGCUUAGCAAUAGUAAACAACAAUCAACCGCCACAGAUACUGAUGCAAAAGAUGCCAGUGUCUUCAACCAAGGAAGAUCAAACUUCCCCAUCAAUUGUGCUGUUGAUGACUUGGAUUUAAUGUUUGAUGGUGGCGACCAAAUUUCAAUUUUUGACUCAGCAAUUGAUGAUUUGCACCGCUUCCAUCCACAACACCAUCACCAGCAUCAUCAACAACAACAACAGCAUCGUUAUGGCCAAGAUGGUCAUAUUGUGGGAUAUUCUACCCAUCGCGAUCCUCAUUUUGGGAAAAACGGGUAUGAAGAAGAGGAGAAAUAUACUCCCGUGUUUCAACAUCAUCAACAGCAACAACAACAGCAGCAACAAAAAGAGCAAGCCAAACAGGAAAAGCAAAAGCAGGACCCUUUCAAGCAAGAGGUUCAGAGAACUGGAAAGUUUGGUCAAAUCUGUUCGCAACCAUCACCAGCUAGUGAGUUGCCCAUCUUUGAUGAUUUCAUAGAAGCGCAUCAACAUCGUUAUCACCUGAACAACAACAACAAUAACGGUAACAGCAACAGCAACAACAACGAUGAAGAUGACUUUUUCUUGAAUGCUUUCAAUGAGAGGGAGGUCAACAACCAGGUUGAUAGAGACACAUUUGCAUCUUUUUCUAGAGAUGUCUUUGCCAAUCAAUCUACGGGCGACAACAAUGACAAGGAUACUGAGUAUCCAUAUUUUGAUGAUUUUGAACAUCAUGAUCCAACGCCCAAUAGACCAAUAACAACUAAUAAGGGCCACAAUUCGAAACAAGGUACAUCAACAACAUUCAUUGAAAAUGCAUUAAUCUCAUCUUCUGUUUCAUCAACCGAAAGUUUUCUCAGCCCAUUGGAUGAUGAGAUUUUGAGCAGGUUGCAUCGUCCAUCGCCUCAAGAUAGCGUUGUUAUCCCGCAAGGUACUGGUGGUGGUGGUGGCGGCGGCGUCAAUUCAAGUUUCCAGUUUGGACAAGCAUACUAUUUUCAAAGUGGUGACGAUAACGAUGAUGAUGUUAACUCUGAUUUCUUUGAGGUAGAGUCAUCAUCAUUGCCAAAAAGAGAUAUACACUUGGUUCGUCCUUACUCCCACUCAAUAUCGCUACCCCAUUCACAACAACAAUCGCGAUUCCAACCACACGUAUCAUCGUCGUUUCCUUCUGCAGCUAGUGGGUUUGACCGCUUCAACAGUUUUCAUCAUAUCGCCUACACCAAACAACAUCACCACCAACAACAACAACAUCAACAACAACAACAUCAACAACAACAUCAACAACGGCAACAAGUACAACGCCACUACCUGGAAGGCUUCAAACUCUCCAACCUUGAUCAAUUUGGUGGUGCUAGACACAAUGAUGUUUCGUCGCCAUUUGUCGUUCCAUCGAGGAAAAGAAAAUUGUCAUCUUCAGGAUUAUCCAUAACUUCUCCAUCAGUGGUUUCCAGUUUUGACUCUGACGUGCCUGUAUCGCCAACUGAUACUGUAAUGAAACCGGUAUUGAAGCGUGAAUCUCCAACAAGAUUGCUGAAAUGUAAACAGAAAAAGAACAAAAAGGUUAAACUUGAACAUUUUCAACAGGAUAAGAGCUCCAAUGGCCACAACAAUCGAGAUGCAAGAAUGAACAAUAGUGCUGCUGCAUUUACGAAUGCGCCAGUGGUUGUUGCCACCUCCACCACCAAAACUAUAAAUACCACUGUUCGCAAAUUAAGCUAUACUGGGAAAGACGGCAAAGUGGGCUACUCAUUCGAAUGCCCACACUGCAAUUCCCAAUUCAAAGUGAAGGGCUAUUUAACUCGUCAUUUGAAAAAGCACAGUUCAUCAAAAGCAUUCCAAUGUCCAUUUUAUCAAGAAACUGACCCAUCCUCUCAAGAUGACCAUCUGUCAUGUACGCUGUCAACCACCCCUUCAUCAGUUCUAGGUGCACUGGGAGUACUGGGAGCCACUGUGGGAACUAAAUGUCACCCAACGGGUGGGUUCAGUCGUAGAGAUACAUUCAAGACCCAUUUAAAAGCACUCCAUUUCAUUUAUCCACCAGGAACCAAGUCCACUGAACGAAACUUGUUGAGUGGACGAUGUGCUGGAUGUUUCCAGUUUUUUGAAAAUAAUUCUCAAUGGUUGGUGCAACAUAUCGAAACUGGAUUGUGUCAGGGUACUGUCGAAUAUAAACAGAAGUUGAGGCAGUCGAUUGAAGAAGAGAAGGGUGGAAGGCAGAUUAAUGUUAAGAAGGAGAAGAGAGAUGGAUCGAGUCGUGAUGAUGAUGAUGGUGUGGAAGAGGGGGAUGAGGGGGAGGUUGAUUACUUGCUUGGAAGUGAUGACGAUAAUGAUCAUGAUGAUGAAGACAACAACUUUGGUGCCGGGUUUGAUGAAGACGGAGAAGAAUGCGCAUCUGGAGAAAAAACGCAAUUGGAAAAGAAAGUUACUGUGAAGAAAGAACCUGUGAUGUGA